CUCUUUCUGACAUGUAUGUUGUCACCUCGCGUUUUCUCUCGUUCUGUGUGUGCAUUUCUUUAAAAAACUGCGUUUUCCAGACAAAGUCACGCUUCACCGUCCACACACAGAGACGCGAGGACACCGGGGGACACCGUGAGACGUGUGUCUCAUUCACUGGACUCUCCUAAAGGUGUGACGAGACGAGGCGAGAUGUCGUCAGUGUGGCACCAGGAGCCGUCGGGUUACUCGCCCUGCGUGGAGAUCGACUCCAGCUCGGUGAGGACCAAGGACAGACUGGCGUCUCCGUCCUGGCUGAAGCAGGAGCAGGACGACCUCCGCAUCAUCAAGUGGGAGAACUUCCAGUCGGGAGCCUCGGCCGAUUUGGUUCAGGACAACACGCCGAGCAGCGCCAUGUCGGCGUCCUCACACGUGGACGGCCUGCCCCCUAGAGUCCUGCUGACCAUCACCAAGCUGCAGUGCAUGCUGGAGAGCAAACAGGAGCGCAUCGUCGCGCUGGAGAGACAGGUGGACGACCUGAUGCAGGACCGCCGGUUCCUGAGGAGCCAGAUCGAGAACCUCACCAGCACUCGCUCCAUGCCGACGUUUGCGUCCCCCAGUCAGGUGACCGAAGCUCCUAAACCCAGCAAAGUGCAACACUCGGAAAACAAGUCUCGGAAGAGAGAGCGGGUUUCGUCCAGUUCUUCUGACAGCAGCGACAGCGGCUCUGAAGCGUCCGAGUCGUCCGAGGUCUCAGCGGCGUCGGGUGAACACAAGCGGAGGAAGCACCAUAAAGACAAGAAGAGGUCAAAGAAAGGGAAGGACUACAGCAGGAAGAGAGCCACCGGCGUCCAGUACGUCAUCCACCGCUACAAACAGGUCCUGUCGGCGUUCAUCAAGAAGAAGAGCAUGAGCGAGGCGUUCCGUCACCUCGGCAUCGACCGCAACACCAUCGCCAACACGGCGUCGAUCGCCGAGCUGCACCUGGCGGCGAAGGACAUGGUCCCCCUGGUGGGCGUGUUCCGCCAAGGAGAAGAGACUCUGGUCAGCUACGCGCAGAGAUGCACGCUGGCGAUCGACAGCGACGCCGACCUCUCCCGAAGGAUAGACCACAUGAAGGCCAACGGUGAACUCCUACCCAUCUCAGGGAAACGGCAGCGUCUGUCGCACUGUCACAUGCAGCCACUGGGGGGCGCUGCAGAGAGCAUUUUGAUAGGUUGACGAAUAUUUAACUGUUUCAGAAAAGAAGUUUUACUUUUGUUUUGUUUUUUCCACGAUCCUGAACGGCUGGAUUUUCAAUGUUUUAAUGUUUUAAAAUAAUUGAUUUCUGCACAUAAAUAUGCAUUUUAAUUUUACAUUUUCUACAUCACCAAAAUUAUUUACAGCUGCUUUAAGUUAAUUAUUAUUAUAAUUAUAGUACAGAUCUUCAGAAGUGGAUCGAAUUAUUCCUCUUUUUCUGAUCAUUAAAUUAUUAGUAAAUAAGUAAAGUAAAUUAAAUUAAAUUAUUUCUUUGUUAAAUAAUCAUUUUAUGCUCUGUAUUUCUACUUCAAAACAAGAGAAGCCCCUUAAGAGUCACUUGAAAGAGUAUUACUUGAAAGUGGGAUUUGUUCAUUUAGGAAAACAAAGCUGAUUUGUUAAGGAUAAAAUGUCAAAAACGAGGCUUUCAUAUUUGAAUUUUUUCAGAUGACCGAGAUGCACUUCUGUAAGUUGUAGAAACGCCCACAUGGUGGCAGUGUUUACAUACAAGACACUUCUACUACAAAUCACUGCUACUAUUACUGUUUGUUGUUUUGAUCCAAAAUGGUGGAUAAAUGUCCUGCACUGGCAGAAUGACAUGUUUACUGUUGUUUGUUCACACAAAAGUAAAAUUUGUUGACGUCA